AUGAGGCAGUUUGUAAAAACUUUCCCACUAUUGGCCCUCGUAGUCAUCAUAAGCUUAGCCGGAACGGCGAUGGUAGAGGCUGCGACUGGACUAAACCCUCAGGUGAAGCUGCUUUGGCAUUAUUACAAAGUUACUAACACUUGUGAUGAUGCAGAGGCUUAUAUUAGACAUCAAGUCGAAAAGUUCUAUAAGAGUGACAAUAGCAUUGCUCCCAAGCUACUUCGUCUCCUCUACUCCGAUUGUAUGGUUAAUGGAUGUGAUGCUUCGGUUCUUUUGGAAGGACCAAACUCAGAGAGGACAGCUCCACAGAAUCGAGGGCUUGGAGGUUUUGUGAUAAUCGAUAAGAUAAAACAAGUUCUUGAAUCACGUUGUCCUGGUGUUGUUUCUUGCGCUGAUAUCCUCAACCUUGCCGCUAGAGAUGCUGUUCACAUGGCCGGAGCACCGUCGUACCCUGUGUUUACCGGGAGAAGGGACGGUGGGGCUUUAAAUGCAGACGCCGUGGAUCUACCGUCACCGUCUAUCUCAAUCGAUGAGUCAUUGGCAUACUUCAAAUCUAAAGGUCUUGACGUUUUGGAUAUGACUACUCUUCUAGGAGCACACUCAGUGGGGAAGACACAUUGCAGCCACAUAGUGAACAGACUAUACAAUUUCAAGAGCACAGGGAAACCAGAUCCGACUAUAAACACGACCUUGGUUUCACAACUUCGAUAUCUUUGUCCACCAAGAACACAAAAGGGCCAAACCGAUCCACUGGUUUACCUAAACCCGGACUCAGGAUUGAGCAACAGAUUCACCAGCUCAUGCUAUUCUCGUGUCUUGUCUCAUAACGCUGUUUUGGGCGUGGACCAGGAGUUGCUCUACAACGAGGACUCGAAGGAGAUCACACAAGAGUUUGCUUCAGGUUUCGAAGAUUUCAGAAAGUCUUUUGCUUUGGCAAUGUCGAGGAUGGGAUCUAUCAAUGUGUUGACAGGAAAAGCUGGAGAGAUUCGCCGAGAUUGCAAAGAGUAUCGUCCUGUAGCCAACAUAGAGGAUGAAGGAAGCUUCUUCCAUGUCGCCCCUCGCCAAAUUCUCCAUUCUCAUCGGCUCAACACUAGUGCUGGGAGUGGAUUUCUGAAGUGUAAAGGUGACCAUUUUACGAGAAAAUGCCUCCGGAAGAAUAGGAUUCAAGCCAUAGCAGAGUAUUUGGGUUCAGCUUCAGAUCGAAAGAAGCCAAGUUAUCAUCCUUCAGAAGAAAUCAGAGCAUAUGUGCCAGAGAAUCCUGGAGAUUCUAGGCUUCCACCUCCAGAAACUGCUAGAACCAUCAUUGAGGUGAACAGAAAAGGAACCCUGAUGCUUUCAGGUUUACUUGGUAUUGGACUUCAUGAGAAUAUUCUUUGGCCGGAUAUACCUUAUGUAACAGAUCAGCAUGGAAAUAUAUACUUUCAAGUAAAGGAAAAUGAAGACAUAAUGCAGACUGUUGUUACUUCUGAUAAUAAUUAUGUGCAAGUAAUAGUAGGUUUUGAUACGAUGGAGAUGAUCAAGGACAUGGAGCUGAACAGUCCUUCUGGUAUUGGUUUUGGAAUUGAAGAAAUCGAAGAUGGCAUAACUGAAGUAGAGGAUGAAAACAAGGGGGAUGAGGAUGAAAGAGAAAACAAAGAAGACGAGGAAUGGGUUGCUGUUCUAGCAGAUGGAAGUGAAGACGAUGAUUAUAUUUCAGAUUCUGAUGAAUCACUUGGAGAUUGGGCAAACUUGGAAACAAUGCGAACUUGCCAUCCUAUGUAUUUCGCCAGGAGAAUGGCCGAGGUUGCUUCAAAUGAUCCUGCAAAUUGGAUGAAGCAGCCCUCUGCUGGUCUUGCUAUCCAGGGGCUCUUGAGUCGUGUCAUUGUGAAAGAUCCCUCAGAUAUCCAAAAGCAUAUCUCUGAUCCCAAGUCUACAAGUCCUGACGAAAACAAAGAGGGAGAAAACUCAGAAGAGAAACUUGAAGACAUUUGUACACCAAGUGGGGAUGAAUCUGAGACAUUGCAGGUUGAAGAUUCGAGAAAUGCCAUAUCGUAUUACAAGCUGGAGAUGAUAAGAAUCCAGCUCAUUACGGCACAAGGCCAUCAGACUGAAGUGGAAGCGGAAGCUGUCAGGAAAGCACAACCUGAUGCUAUUGCUCUUGCAUCAGACGGUAUCGUGAGUGGUCUAGAAGAAGAUGGCGAUAAACUAACUGAAGCCCUCAAAUCUCUGUGUUGGAGACAUAACGGGAUUCAAGCAGAGGAAGUGAAGCUCAUUGGGAUAGAUUCACUUGGUUUCGAACUCAGGCUUUGCUCGGGAAUGCAAAUUGAGACAUUACGGUUUGCAUUCUUGAGAAAGGCAACAUCAGUACACAAUGCUGAGGGGCAGUUGAGGGAAUUAUUAUUCGCUUCGACACCUCUCAAGCCGGCAGAAACCAAAACAACCGACUCGAAAAGAAUCUUGAUAAUGUAG